AUAUCGUUAAGCGGCAACGAUUGCAAAACGAUUCCAAACGCAUUUCCGUACAGUGCAGUAACGGUGCAGCGGUUCAAAAUUGAGGACUUCAUACAGUUUCAACAGCAGCAGCAGCAGCAGCAGCAGCAGCAGCAGCAGCCGCAACAACAACCGUUUUAUAUCCAGCAGCAGCAACCGUUUCUAGAUCCCAACUUUAACGUUGGUGGACUGUAUCCGAUUGUCGAGCAGCAGCCUAAUUUUGGAUCGGCACAUGGUGUUCGAUUCAGUGGCGCGUCAGUAAAUUCCGUCACCAUUUCGUCGACCGUGGUGAAACGUAGGCCAGCGCCGCAGAUUACGGUAGCGAGCGGCCCGCAGGUCCUAUCGCCGAAGCGACUCCGCACGACCGCGCUGCCCGGCGUCGCGGCGGCUGCCCUUCCGGCCCUCGGCAACUGCCUCGUCCCGGCGCACCCAUCGGCCGCUGCCGCUGCCGCCGCCGCAGCCGCCCUGCUGCAGCACCAAAUCCAUCAACACCAUCACCAGCAGCAGCAACAACAGCAGCAGCAGCAGCAGCAACAGCAUCUUCAACAACUGCACCACCAGCAAUCGAUUGGCUCGGACGCACAGGUACAGCAGGUGCAGCAAUCGAUCUCGCCGCAACCGAACCAAGUGUCCGUCUCGGUUGCCAGCGCACUUACCAGCCAGUCGCCGCUGGGCACGAUUCCCGUCAGCAGUACCGGAUCAGCCGCAGUUGGGGCCGUUGGGCAGCCGCCGAUGUUUAGCUCGCCGGUCGUAGCACAAUCGAACACCGUUGUCAGCAGUCCGUCUAUGAACGGUGCGCUGAACGUGAACGCAGCCAACAACAACCACACCGGACUCGGACAGACCGGCCAGUCGGCCACCGGCAACCUCAAGAUGGACAGCUCGAUGGGUCAGAUGACGCCGAUGGCCCCGUUGGCAUUGUCGCAAAGUAUGGAUUCCGUUAAUACGGCCAGCAACGAAGAAGAGGUUCGUACCCUCUUCGUCAGUGGUUUGCCGAUGGAUGCAAAGCCGCGCGAACUCUAUCUACUGUUCAGAGCAUACGAAGGCUACGAAGGUUCGCUGCUGAAGGUUACCAGCAAAAAUGGAAAAACGGCAUCGCCUGUCGGUUUCGUUACGUUCAACACCCGAGCCGGUGCAGAGGCAGCCAAGCAGGAUCUACAGCAAGGUGUACGCUUCGAUCCCGAUAUGCCCCAAACAAUACGCUUGGAAUUCGCCAAGAGUAACACUAAAGUCAGCAAACCAAAACCACAACCUAAUACAGCGGCCACAGCUGCACAUCCUGCAUUGAUGCACCCACUUACUGCUGGACACUUAGGUACACCGUUUUUUCCUGGCGGCCCGGAACUAUGGCAUCAUCCGCUAGCCUUCUCGGCGGCGGCCGCUGAGCUGCCGAGUGCAGCAGCACUGCAGCACGCGACACUCGUCCAUCCGGCACUGCAUCCGCAGGUACCGCAGCAAAUUCAAAUGCCGCACCCGUCAGCAAUACAUCCAGCAUCGAUGCAUGUGUCCGCCGGCCUGCCUGCGAACCACUUUUUGCCCAGUCCGGCCCUGGCCAGUCCGGUCGGCAGCACUGCCGGCGGCAAUCAGCCACCGAACCCGCCGCUAGCCGCCAAUGCUCCCUGCUCGACACUGUUCGUUGCCAAUCUCGGACAGUUUGUAUCCGAGCAUGAGCUGAAAGAAAUUUUCGCUAGUCUGCCUGGCUUCUGUCGCCUUCGUUUGCACACUAAGGGUUCAGCAACAACAACAGCUGCCACCGCCGCCGCCGCCGGCGCCGCUGCUGCCGCCGCCAAUAUCAACAACCCGGGCAUCCUGAACGGCAUCUAUCGCCACUGCACCAACCAUCACAGCCAGCUGGCCACCAGCAACGGUACUGCACUCACCUCCACCACCACGCUUGUGAACGGGUCGGGCGGUGGUGCUGCCCCGGUACCGGUUGCGUUCGUAGAGUUUAAGGACGUGAUCAGUGCGGCGGCAGCAAUGACCGCUCUGCAGGGCAAGUUUCUCCUGUCGUCGGACCGGGGCGCAAUGCGCAUCGAGUUUGCAAAGUCGAAGAUGGCCGCCGACAUACCGUCGCACCAGUUCUACGCACAGAAUCACGCGCAGCAGAGAGAAGGGGGCGGGUUUGGAGCCAAGAAUGGAACAUCAUUUGGGGAAGAAGAGUGAACGAACCGAUCUCAGCUCGUACCUCAUGGCAACAACCUGACCGCAACAGAUGCAACCCGUACCCACCACCAACACCACCGCUACCACCAUCGUAAACCAUAGCAAUCUUGGCGGCAACCAGCAGCAUCAUCAGCAUCACUGCAUCGGCAGCACCGGAGGGGCAGCACUGAUCGGAGGCGGCAUGCAUGGCCGCGGUGCACUACAACCUGCACCGCCCGGAGCAACAUCAAUGGCCGGGCUGGGUGGACAGAAUGCGGGACUGUUCACCUUUGCUGUGGCGCCACAUCCACGGGCAUAAGCGGGCUGCUGCAGAAUCAGAUAAUCUAAUACAAAGCAUUAAACCAAAAUAAACACACCGCAAAAGGUGUGCCCAAGAGAGUAGGAGGAAUGGUCGAAAGGAAGUACUAGAUGGAUUGGGUUAGUGCAACCGCGAUCCACUCCAUGAUGAUCCCUGUGAUAAGCGAUCGAAAAGACGAAAAGACGGAUGGGGGCGCAAUUUUAGCCAGCAAACGCUUGUAUUUGAACCUGCACUGCACGUACAGAAGCACAGUCGGAGAAUAACCAACCCGUCGAAAUGAUGGGAGUGUAAUUAAUCAAUCCUACCUAUCAGCGCAAGCAAGAGAGCGCAAGCUUACACAGUCACUACAUACUUUCCUGAGACACACGCUAAAACGAUUACUAAACAAAAACAGAAAAAGAGAAUACAAAACAAGUCUAGAGCGAUAUACAUUACGCGAAACGAGCGAACAAGCGCUAGCUAAAACAUACAUACUAGUUGAUCACUUUUUACCAAAAUGUGCCCUAAAAAAGGAGUGAUGAUCCGUUUGCAGGAGGUAGGCAAAGAGGACGAAGAGAUACCACGACGAAGGUGUGAGCGAGCAAAGAUGGUAAAGGAAUAGUCGAGCAAUCGAGUUGGGCUGGCAAACUCUCUGGCAAGCGAUCAUCACUCUACCUAGAUUCCAAUUUGUUUUUUUUUUCUUAUCGUAACAAAUCAACAAAGGCUAAUGUUAACCUACUAACAGCCGGUUUUUCCUCUCCCAGCGCACAUUAAUCUAGCAAACGAAACAAUGUAAAAGGGACAUUCGAUCAUUCUUUACAUCCCGUUUUUUACGCAUUAGCAUCAUUUUUAAUCCAAACAAUCUGAGAUAUACACAAACAAAACCAGAAGGGGAAGAAUCUGCAAACAGUUUGGACGAAGGCGCUGGAAAGCGUUAGGACACGGUAUCGAAGUCAAUAGGCUGAACAACUAUGUGAUUAGGGUUUCAUCACUGCUGUUUGUUUGUUGUUUUUUAUUUAUUUAUUUGCUGCUAUAGGGGACAUAUAUGAUGGCCACCAUCUGCCAGAAACAAGCAAGACAGAGUGGAGUACUACAAAAAAUAGCACACACAAAAUAUCCCCAUUAGCAUGAUGAAAAAAAUGAAUAAGAUGGACAGCAUAACAAUGAAAAGGAACAACAUGUGAGCAAUAAGACACACAAUUAAUAACGUCGCAGAGCAAAGAGAACGGCCACACGGAAUGGCUGCAAAAUGAAAUACUAGUUAAACCAGCAGCAACAAAACAUGAAAGGGACAAACAGAACAAAAACUUUGUAAAUGAAAAUAUCAAUGCAUAUCAAGAUUUUGAAUCGACAUUUAAGAAAACGAGAUACAUUUACUACUAGCCAGCGGGUACGGGUGUGAAGGCAGAACAUACAUGUGACGUAUUUAGCAAGUUUUAAAGAAAGUUUGAGAGAAUAAACAAACAAACAAACACAAUGUGCGCAUAAGCGAUAAACGUAUAUACGAGUAGAGGGGUCAAACUGUUUCGAAGCAAUUCUAGCCGAAGUGAGACCGAAAACGAUAGGUUUUUAUGGAGAGAAAGGAAGCAAAAGAGGUAACAACAAAAAGAAAAACCAUCAACCAUCCCACGUCGAUAUGGGUCGUUGCUGGGCUAGUGUGGAUUAAUAUUAUUCUGUGUUUCUCUAAUUUUCUGUAACCAGUAGAUGAAGGAUUGCAUUGAUGGAAUUACAUUUAAAUGCCUUUGCUUUGUUCGUAAUUGUUUCGUAAUGUGAAUGGAAAACUAUUUUUAUUGCUAACAACAACAAAAAAACACAAGACAUUGAAGGAAUGAUCGAGCUGCGUGUGAUUAAUUAUGUGUUUUGUAAGGGUGUGUUAAACGUAGCUGUAACUAUCUGGACUAGUUUGCUCUGGCAGCCCUUCGUUAUCCUGCACUAACCCCAUCCGCCUAAAUGUAAGCAAUGCAUAGUGUAUGACAACAAAUGUUAGUGAAAAAUCAAGCCCAUACCAUCAUAAAGCUAACUAUUUUCAAUCAAAAGCUAAUUGCUUUCAAUUAAAAAAAAAAAUAUCAUUUGGCAAUACAGCAAUACAGUUACCUAACUGCGAGAGGAAAAAAGCAACCACUACAGAAAAGAAAAAACCAAAGAACAAACACUAAACAUACACCCGGAUCACGGGCGCGGGCUUGGGAAGGAAAAGGAAAUCCCUUUCCUUACCAGAUUACCAAAGAGAACAUAACUAUGGCUAUGGUAUAUGCAGUGUAACGGGGGCUACAUUCAAAAGGCUACACAAGACAUCCGCACAUGCCGUGGAAAAGGGGGUCAACAAAUUAACAAACAGAUAACCAAAAAGGAUAACGGAGUGGCCCGCAGCAAGCAGCAGGUAUAAAAAAAAAAAACAAAAUGAGUAAUGCGAGAGUUAAACGUCAGACUUGCUUAGAAGCGAGCAACACAAAACAGUAGCAAUAAGUAGCGAAACUUUGAAGUUUUUUUUAUUAUUACUAUUAUUAUCAUUAUACUAUGAUUAUGACGGUUAUUACUGUCUUUGGUGAAGCUGUGUGAGGUAAUAUCUUUAACUCGUAAGCAUAACUAUAGUGCGUAAGUUAACUCAAUUAAUCCCAAAAACGUGAAACACAAAACGAGCAAGCUUAACGAAACCAUUGAACUAGUGAAACAGAAGAAGGAUUAGAGCGGGCUAGCGAGGGAAAACGAUUGGCAAAAGCAAAUGUUGAAGGGCAGGGGGGUAGGGGGUACUAGAAAAGAAAAGUCUCUCAAGACCUCAGCGAAAAGGGGAAAGGGGAUUGAAGGAAAGGAAGUGUAGCGACAAGGCAGAACGUAGAAGCAUAAUCAUUCCGUCCAAUUCAAUGUGUGUAGUUAAGUCUGGCGUCUUGCGUGAGGUACGGAGGGCAAUCGAGCGAUAACAAACCAAGCAAACAAGCCGACAAUCUAGGCCAGUUUUGAACACAUGGAGACCGGUUGUCCGACCGGGAUGGGAGAAACCACUAGCGCGGACAAACGAGCGAACCGAGAGAGGGCAGCACAUCGGGAGGCGCAUCUUCCUUCUGACGAGGUCGAAGGUUUGCUUCUCCGUGUGCUGCGCCCCUCGGGUAGCUUGACAACAUGGGAACUACUGCAAAUCAUACAUAUCAAUGUUUUAUUUGGAUGAUAAAUAGAGUGUACGAAGCUACACAGCAUACGAAGGUCGAGAGGCAAGACAUGUUUUUUCGUAGCGUAGCGUUCGAGUUAGACAUUGGGACACAGGUGACCACUCUCACUCCCGACUGUGGAUCAGAGACGAGCGAAUGAAAAACAAAAACCACACCGGAUCAUCAAUACAAACGAGCAAAGGAAUGCAAGGAAGCGUGCUGAACGACGUUCACGCGCAAAACUUUGCCACUUAAAGAUCAUAUACAUUGAUAAAUAUAUAGGUAAUAUACAUAACAUAACAUAUUCGUUAGCGAAAUCGAUAAGUGCAUCUUGCAGGCAUGAUUAAUCUGAUACCCAACCCAAUGCCCUUGCUAGGUUUUAGGGAGCGUUUCGGGCUUUUGUUACCCCCUGUUUUACCCCUGUCUCUAAGCGAGUGGGUGUUCCCCGCGUAAGCCACGCUUCAAGCGCAUCAACCUAAACGGUGCGAGCUUCGCUAAAGCGCUUCAGCAGCGCUUCACUUGUUUAUGUGUUAGCACAUCUAGCACCACGAACAAACGCUUACGUCGUGGCGCACGAGGACGUCCCCUUUUCACGAAAUGCCUUUCACAACUAGCCUAAGUUCUCUUGAUAUAGAAAAAAACGUUACGUUAUCUUUUUAAUGGGGGUUUCCUCCCUUUCCCAAUGGAAAGCUAAGGGCAGAGUUGGAGUUCUAUUCGUUUGGAUGUUUUGUUAUUUGCUUUUUCCAUCUCCCCCCCAUUUUAUGGUGUUAUGGCCUUUAUUCGGGUACGGUAGCAUGUAAGUAUAACUCAAACAUAAAACGAUGAAAAAGAACUUAAUACAGAUGUCGUGUGUGUUUGAUAUGCGUGUAUGCUUUAUGUGAGUGUGUUUGUAUUUGUGCGUGUAGUGGAAGUUGAAAACAUAUUUCCAUGGAAAAAAGCAGGAAAUAAUGAACAAACUGCAUGCAAAUUUGUUAGAAGUCCAUUAAUUUGCUGCUCUCUUUUUUUUAAAUCACACUAUGCUGGAGUCUUUGUUUGUCACCUUGUGUAACAACAAACACUAGCUCAGCUAACCAGCCAUAAUAUGGUGGAGAACGUGAGGCAAACAGAAAUAGAAGAACAGUAGAGUUUGAUACCUGCUCCCAUGGCUAUACUUAGCGAACGUUUGAUAGUGAAAACAAAACCACACGAAUAGCAUCUGCAAAAGAACAACAUUGGAAGAGCUGCACACCGUGAGAAAGAGAUAACAGCAAGGAGUAAACUGUGCAUAAAGUGUGAGAUAGACACUUCAAACAUUAAACAAAUGAAACAAAAGCCCUAGACGAGUAUGUUAUAUGAUAAAACAAAAUGGUAAAUGAUACAACAACAAACAAAACAAAGAAGAAACAAUUCACACAUAUCAAUUUCGUGCCCGAUCAUAUUUGAACGAUAAAGUAGAGAAGAGAAGAUAAAACAAAUAACCUUUACGGCUGCCAGGUGAAGGCAACACAUUCUUAUUAAGGAAGGUUAAUAUAGUGAAGUAAAACAAACGAGAAAAAAAAACAGUAAGAGUCUAUGAAAGCCACUAAACAUUUGAAAUCAAUGGUGUAACAAAAUACUAAACUAAGCAAACAAAAACAAGCAUACAUACACACGCAAAAUGCAGCAGACAUUAAACAUUAAAAACAGAAUACAACAUUGAAUUACAAAAAAAAAAACAACUGUAUGAUGCAAAUGGCAAGAGAAGAUGAUAGAGCAAGCAAAAAAAAACAUUUUAGAAUAGUAAACGUUAACGAUGUUGUAAUGAAAUGAUGUGUCGUGAUGAAAAAAAAAUACAUUUAUAUUCAAAGUUUGAUAACAAGAAGAGCAAAUAUGAACGUAGGCAUGUAGCGAUAAUGGGGAUGGAGAGCAACAACAAAAAAAAAGAAACUUAUUAGUAGAUAUACUGUGAACAAAAACAACAAAGAUGAACAGGCAACAGGCAUGAUAGACCUGCCUAUGGUAUUUUAUUGCCUUCUAUCUUCCCGAUGGCAGUACGCAUGUGUGUGUGUUUUUGUAGGCAAGCGACAGAGAUGGACGGAGUGUCAUAAGUUCUUGCUUUCUUUUACAAAUUACUUUUAUUAACCCUUUUCAAUUUGGUGAUGAACGUGUGAUUGGGGUUGAAAUGUCUAGCAAAACAUAAGAAAAAAAUGACUUAAAGCAAGGAGACAAGAAACAACAAAAGACUUCCUUAGCACAGGAAAUGCGAAAAGAGAGAGAGACUAACUUUUUAACUACUCCCCCGAAAGGCGAAACGAAUGCAAAUGAUUCUGACAAUCAAAUCACACACUUUUCAAUCUGUGCGCACCAAACCAAACACACGUACAAACUAAUACGAAGCACCGUUACAUUCGCGCUAGGAAAAAAAAGACAUUUCAAUGCCAGCUCAAAGCAGUCGAGUACGAGAGAAGCGCAAUGGCUGCACCGAAUGGCAACCGAACCGAAUCUUUGUCGCAAGGACAGCCUCUCGAAAGCAAUGCCACAAAACACACACACGCAUCUGAAAUGAAAGUAAAUACUUUAUGCCCUACCAAAACGGAAGCUCAUUUGUUUUAUUAGCUUUUCUUUUGCUACAAUUAUUUGAAUCGCUUCGAGCACAGUGGAAGGGACGCUUUUUUGCUGUUUUUGUUUUUAGUAUAUAGCCAAGCAGUUGAAGGAAAAAAAAGAAAAGAAAGAAAGGAUUAACCAAAGAUGUCUAUUGUAUAUUUGUGCGAUUAAAUUAUCCUCUCUCUUAUUUAUUACAGCCCCCGCCUUAUGUUUGUCCUUCAUCCCAGGAGCUAAUUUAUUUCUAACAACAAUCGCCAGCAAUCUUAUUUCGUACCUUUAGUUUCCUUAUGAAUUUUGUAGUCUUGCAAACAAAAAAAAAUCCAUUCCAAUUGCGUUGAUGUACUAGUGGGUAUUGUUGAAAUAAUAUUUAUUACACACAAAUCGUGUACCAUUCGUAGGAGAAGCGGUACGACGAAUAUUAGGUUUAUUAACAUUAUUUAGGUAACUCUCUGCUUGCAACCAUAUUAUUCUACUCCCCCUUCCCAUCCAUAGCAGGUUCAUCAUGCUCUUGAACGUUGGGCAAGCGCCCAUUGAACAAUUAACAGCAAAGCAGAAAGCAGUAAGAAACAAUGCAACAAUGAAACAAGUAAUAACAACCAUACUAUGCAUACAGUGAAAGCAAAAUUAUAUAUACAAGUAAUUAUAUAUAUACACUUAUUUAGAUAUAUACUAUGUAGUACAAUCGAGUGUAAUGGUAAUCCUAGCGAAAUGAGGAGCAGCAUAUUUCAAAAACAAAACCACACACACAUACAACACAGCUACAACGCGUAAAGAAACGCUCGAUGGUUAAAAACACAAUGUUGCGAAAUCACCAAACCCACACUGCUAGACCGCUGUUGCGUGUGAAGUUUGUACAGUUUUCUGGCUAACACAAUUUUCCUAACACAAGGCAAGCAGGCAAGUUUUAAUCUUUAUAUUGUACGGUCACAAACUGCGGACAAACAAAAAACAAAAAUCUCUAACCAAUCAAUACGCGUGUGAACGCGUUAUCUCUGGCAUCACAAACAAAAGCAUAUAAUAUGAAAUACCCCCAACCACUCGCCCUCAAACUCCAACAACUCGUUACAGUGUUAUUCUAUCUAUUUGCAAAAUUGUCGAAAGUCGAAAACAGCAGCAUAAUUAGAGCGCAGCAUUCAUCCCUCACACACAGUGAGUGUCUACUUGCCAGGUUCUAACAGUACACAAUACGAGAACGAAAACAGUUGGCUGAUUUUAUGCGUUUACCUAUAUCGUAUUCUACUAGCCCCUCUCUCUCUCUCUCUCAACGGAAGACAUAAAAGAAUAUGCUAAGCAAGAGGGAUGAAAUGAGGGAAUGAAAUUAAAAAAAAAAGACAAAGAAAGCGCUAUCAACAACAAAUGGAACGAUAAUAACAAACUCACUUGUUUUGUUCAUACACGUAAACAGAUUUGAUAUAGUAAAUUUCUAGAACGAAUAGCAUCAGCGGAUGGUAUACCCGUGGGGGUGGUAGAAGGAGCGUAAAACCUUCUAAUAGCAAAUAACACACUGAGUAAAGGGCAAUCUGAAGUGAAAGGAACGCUUCAAAUGCUACGUACGACACAGCAAGUACAGAUAAAUAUCUCUGCUCUGCAUACAAUUAACUAAGACAAAAGAACAGCAAAACAUGAAAAAAUGUUACUAACGCAAGUAAAUGGAAACCUAAUAAAUCUAAUCAGGAACUGUGAAGCAAACAAUGAACCACCAUAAUGUGAGUAGAGCUACCGAAAAAAAAACAACAACAACAACAAAACGUCAUAAAAUCAGGAAACAGACUAAACAGUCUAAAUAGAGACAAGAAGAGAAGAGAACAAAACAAGCCGAAACCACUAGCACAGAAAGCAACAUCGAAACGUAUUACCCCAAAUGGACGCAGUCUUAAGCAAUAGUAGCAGUAACACACUGUCAUUUUUCGUUUCCCUGUGUCAACAUAGUUCCCAACCUACACCACUAUUCGUAUCUACUAAACCUUAUGUUUGACGCACGUUUUCUGACGCACGUUUGAUGGCACGAUCACUAUCACAAGGGGAAAGUUCAAGCAAAACGCAUAAACCACCAAACAACCAGAAUGUCGCACACAAUGAACCAGUUUGUUGCUUCACUACCUGAAUGGAUAGUAACUGAUUUUGACUCGCUUUGUUGGUAGUACGUUUUUUGUAGGCUUUAAUGUUUUCUGUUCUCUAUUAUCGCUGAAUAAACCACAAUUUGCACUUCCGGACUCGGACAGCACGCUCUGUACCGUUCAAAAUAAACCACAGCGAAGAGAGUAGAGGCUCAAUUCUCUGUCUCUCUCUCUCUCACACACACACUCUCUCUAUCUCUCUAGUUCUCUCUAGCUCUCUUCCAUUUUGAUUAUAAAUAUCCGUCUAUCUUGAUCGAUCACACACACACACACACACACACAUAUACACUCUUGUUCUAUGCUCCAUUGCACCACUCCCCUUGUCAGCGCACAGUUGCUAUGGCUACUAGAUUUAAAUUCGUAAAAAUUCCAGAAAAACCGAAAAACCACAAAACCAGCUUAGUUGUACCUUCUGGGUCAGUGCUCACGUAGUAGAGGAUCUUGCACAAACCAACAAACCACACGCAUCUCCCACUUUAUCGCACGUUUGAGGGUUUCCUGCCCCGUUGGGUACCGUUUGCAUCAGCAAUAUGCAAUGCAAAAAUGUUCGUACAGAAACGAAUCUGCAAAUCAAACCUUUAUUAGUGCACAAAAAUCACCAUUCGUGUCAUUUCUUUUAUAAACUCACCAUUUUUUUAACAACUUUUAAGUUCAGUAUUUAUCUCGCAUCUUUCUUUUCUAAUAUUAUGUUUACCAGUCAAACAAACAACCUUUUUUUUAUAAAAUUCAAGGUGGAAUAACACUUUCAGAAUGUCCAGUGUUGCUCACUACGCCAUUCUGGUAGCAUAAAGCGAAGAAAGCACAAAUUCAUCAACGAUAGCUCAGCAGAAGAGCGAAAAGGAGAUCGAGAGGAAAUCACACAAUAAAAGUGAACAAAUAUAAACGAAAGCAAUAAUUAAAUGUUCUACCGUCGUAGUUACGUGAAAGCGUUAUCAAAAUAUGCAACCACCAUCAGAUCAUCUCAUGUUAUGCUACUUAGCUAGUACUAGGUGGCUACUCUCCAUCGUGCACUCCGUCUCUCACUGACGGCAGUGGCGUCCAACCUGCUCACUUAUAAACGGUAUCGUACGCUUCAUUUGUCGAAGCAGUAGGACAAAGCAUGAAGCAUGUUUGUAGUCCACUUUCUGCUUAGGUAAAGGGAAUAAAUUAUAUAAAGUACUUGCAGUUGCACAUGACACAUCUAUGUGCGAUAUAUUUUAUCAAAGCGAAUAUUUUCUGUACUCGUUCCAAUUUUAACGUUUUCGUGUAAUUUAAAUUCGUUAUUUAAAGUGGCAGUACUUGUGCAUUGUUUUACUUCGGUUAGUAUUUCGGUUUCAAACCCAAUCUCAAAAAUACCAAAGUUAAGCCUAUUGUGCCGUUCUAUAUUUUUAUUACUAUUUACUGAUAGAGCGAACCGAUAAUUCUACCGCCGAUCGAUUGUUGAUUAUUGAAUAUUGAACAGGUUUCACAAACAAUCACGAGAUACCUCCUUUUCAAGUGGUAAACACACAUUUGAACGAGAUCUCAAAAAGAUUCUCGCAGUGGCAAACUGUCAUGCUCGAUCGACGGUAUGAUUGACGGACCAUUUGUAUUUAUAGCGAAGCAGGUACACUACCCCCCCCCCCCUUUCCUUGCAUUAUGUGAUCGUAACAUUUUGUUUCUCACUUGAUUGAUGUGCACUAGUAGGGUAUGUUUGUUUUGUUUUUUGUUUUUUUUGCCCAAGCAAUUCUUUGCCGUUUUUUUUUUUAAAUAAAGACGGCAAUAAUUGCGCAUGCAUUAUUUUAAUAAAAAUAUAAUACCAAAUAACGUUAAUUUCAAUAAGCUAAAGGCGAAUAGGGCGAAAGUAGGAAAGGGGAAUGAACCAAACAGUGAAGGAUACAAUAUAAACACGCAGCGAUAUUUGGGGAUAAGAUGGGAAGUUGCGGGAUAAAUUGGGGCAUACGUAGGCAAAUGGGAAGGGAGCAAACAAAUUUACGAAAAAUACAAAGUAAGAGGAUCGGAUUGACAACCGAACAAAAAAGGAAUAAAAAAAACGAGCACUUUCAUAAUUGGCAUACCAUUUUUAAAGGUGGUUAUCGCCCACCCCCAUUCUGCACCAUUUAUAAGGCGUUUUUAAUUACAUUUUUAGAAUGUAAAAGCAGGCACCGUUGAGUGGUCCGUUUUGUAAAUGUUCUUUCCGUCUUGGGUUCGUUGAAAAUGUUUGUCUUGAUCCACACAUACUCGUUCGUUCAUUAAACGCAAUGUUGCAUAACUAAAAAAUACAAUGAAACAAUACAACAAAACAACAAAAUAAACGAAACUGUUCUGAAUUGUUUUAGCACACUUCUCAUCCAAUGGCUUCUCAAAUGCACGGAUACUGUCUGAAGCGCGUCUAAAGCUACAAUUUCUAUUCAAUUCAACAACUGUUUUAUUCCAUUUUGCAUGAGUGAAAAAUCUUUUCAUCUUUCCCAUCUCAACAUCCACUGUUCGCUUCCUCCAACAUCUCAUUGUCGCCAUCCUCACGAUCGUGAUCUUCCCGAGAUGAACGUGACUCUGUCGGUACACGCUCGGUAAACUAUCAAACAAUUCAGAACAGGAAUGGCCUUAAAAAACGAUUUUUUAAAAUACAAGAACGAAAAAAAAAACAACAAAAUAUCGAAACAAGUGGACGAAGUCAAUCUAUUAUAUACUGAGAAGAAAGAAUAUUAUUGAACAACUAAAUGAGAUAUAAACAUAAUAGUAAUACUUACAUUGCCGGAUGCGCGAUUUAGAACACAUAUAAGUAAGAAGGAAAGAUCCUGUUGGCGAGGUCGCGUGUCUAAAUCUCCUAGCAGGGCUGAGGAUCUGUUACAGUUGAUCCGUUCCUUCACAUCUACUGUACCAAGGCAUGGGCAGAAUGGGAGCGUCAUAGAUACUGCAUCAAUCAACGGGGCAUAACGAACAAGAGACAUGUUGUACAAUUUAAUCAUCCUUGUCGAAAAAGCGAACUCUGUGAGCAUUAUCGAUGUGGUAGACAAAACGGGAGGGAAAGGGUGAGGGAAAGACCAUAGAAUGAAUAAGCAAAAUGUGUGUGAUUAUUACAUAAAAAUAUUAGCAUUAUUUGAUAACUUUAAUAACAAACUGCGCCGCAAAUGAGUGUGAGUGUGUGUGUUGUGUGUGUGUUGCCGUGCGUGCGUUUAGCCGGAUAAAAUAAAUGGAAAAGAGAAAGAGAGAAUGGAGAAGGGUAGAGAAUAAAGCCAGGAAAUACAAUAAAACAAAAAUUAGUCAGGAAAGCAUCAACCCAAAAAUGGAUACCAAAAAAAAAACAAAAGAAGCAAAAACAAAUGAACAAACCAUUUAUUUAUUGCAAAUGAUUCUGAUCGUGCGCUGCGAUAUUCGAUAGUGGAUUUUAAUUGUAACCCAACUACCACUGUUUGGAGUGCUAGCGGUUUGAACUUUUCGCAAUCAUUCAUGUGCGCUUACUUAAUAAGUUUACUGAAAGAGGAGUAAUAGUAGCCUUCAAUUAUUUCCCCUUAAUCGCGUGACACUGUAAAAACGUGCUCAGCAUACGUGUUGAAAGCAUCUUCUUUAUUCAUCACACUUCAGAACGUUAAACCGAACACCGCAUGUGUUAUACACUCUGUUACACUUUUGUUAAACUGCGUAGCGAACAACGUAUAGAACAACCACUGGACCGACUCUGAACCAGAGGGCUAAUCAGAACACACACAAAAAAAGCUAGACAUUAUACUGUUUCCUCAGAGAGUGGUUCUGCAGCGGCAAUGUUAGCAGGAGCGACGCGAUCUGUUAUACGGUCCGUUACUUUCAUGACAGCGCAAGGGGUGAAACACGGAUCGGAAGGAACGAAACGAGCACUGUACUAACAUGCAGCUAACAGCAACAACACUAUCGUCUAAAGCGCUAGAUAUAUAAUUAACAUUGUAUAGGGUCCAAAGAGAAAAAGGCAAACAAACAUAGCAGAGGAAACGAAAGAAAGUUAAAUAACAAGUAUAAGUGGCUGGUGUUAGCUAUCGGUUCGGAGACGAGGCGGGCAUAGUGAGGGAAUGCAAACAAUACAAACAAUGGAAUCGAUACAAAAACAUGAUGGAAACAUUGAAACAGUAAAUAAAGCAGUAAACUAAUUAUGGAAUAACUUUAAA